UUUAUUCUUGAAUUGCGAAACUUCCACAAAUAUUUGACUAGACAAACUUUCUUGCGUGGCGUUUUACUUGCUUACUUUAAUCCGAACUUUUCAGUUUCCCACGUACGUAUCUGAGAGUAUAACGGCGACCGAAGAUCUAGAGCAACAGCAUCUUCUGGCCGAAGCGAAGGAGAGCUACGUGAUAUUGCCGAUAUACUUACUAACUUCAGUCUAAAUUUACCGCAGCGGCGGUAGGAAGAUGGAACACAUAAACUGGUCACAGGUCGUUUACAACCAAUCUGAACGCAAGCUUGUUCUUAUCAACCAGAAUCUUAGUCUCAUCCCGCAAUCAGUGAUCAAUGUUUACUGCAAUAAAUUGUCGUAUUUGGAUGUGAGCUCGAAUCGGAUUAACGACUUAAGUUUUUUGCGACUCAUGCCUUGUUUGGAGACGCUAAUUUUAGAUAAUAAUGCAAUAACUGAUGAUGUGCUACUCAACUUUAAUUCAGAUGGAAAUUCUUUGGAGACUGUGAAAAUUCUUUCGAUAAAUAACAAUAAGCUUGAAAAUUUAACACUAAUACUAUUAAUUUUGGCUAGUGAAUUCCCUAAUUUGGAACAUCUUAGUUUACUAGGGAAUCCAGCAUGCCCAGAUGGUCUAUCCCCAAACAAAAGUUCCAGUGAUAGUUACGAUAGUUACAAGAGACAAGUCUCGCACUCAUUCCGUCAUCUCAAGUUUCUUGAUAGCUGUGAAAUCCAAAGGCAUUUCAAUGGUUCUGUUACACAAAGGAGAGCUGAAAUUUUGAAGUUUUCACCGAAAAUAUUAUUUGCUAAGUUGAAGGGAACUAACGAGGUGAAAUAUACACCGCUUCCUUCGAACAAGCGAAAUCCAGGGGAUCAUUGUGGAUCGUAUAGCUUGACUUUGUAUAAGUACAUCGGGAGGAAUUCCGAGGGAAAUAGGUUUAUUUUGAAUAAUGACUUGUAAUGAUUAAGCUCCGCGUGUAAGAUUACAUAGGUUUAAGGAGAUAUACAUGAAUUAUAUAUUGAAGUUUUUCUUAAUUUUUU